AUGGAUCACUCAUAUUAUUCUCCCGAUAACAAGGCUGUUACUGAAGUCAUGGAUCAUUCACGUUAUCCAGAUAGCGAGUGUCUACAGGUGGCAGAAGCAGAUCCUGAGAGGCCACUGCCCGCCCUACCAGAGGUUGCUGCGUCACUGGAGAAAGAAAGUUCUAAUACGAAUGGACACGACGACGAGAAAGAAUUGACCCCAGGAAUAGUUGGAUGGUUGUCUCGCUCCAGUCGAGCGUCAGCGUCGACAACAAAGACCUCGAUUUCGACACCGGCACAGCGACCAAAUAGAGAAGUGAGGAUUUGUGGUUUACGGAGACGAAUUUUCUGGAUAAUGAUAGGCAUCUCGUGUCUACUCGUCAUUACUACUGCUCUUGCAACUGGAAUUGGUAUUCUAUCAGCAAAACUAUCUAAUCGCAAUUCCAGCGCCGCGUCUUCGACUCGGGUUCCUGCUUCGGAUGUAUCUUCACCGGCAACAUCCACCUCGUCGAAAGCCUCCUGGCAAACGACGCUAUACCAGCAAUCCAUAUCAACCAUCUCAGCCUCAGCCUCAGCCUCGGCGUCAGCUUCAUCCUUAUCCUCAACACCUUGCAACGCCACGAGCUCUAUGUCGGCUUGCGAUCAAGGCGAUUGUUCUGGUAUGAAUGACCAGGAUAGCAAUACUAAAGUAGUAAUCAUGGCACGUAACUACCACUCCCUCAGUCCUGCAACAGGAAAACUGCACAAGGAGUUCCCAGAAAUUUCCAACGAAGAAGCCCUCCAUGCUCUUGACACCGCACACAACUGCUACGAGCAAGAUUGGCGGUUUCGCCCCGUGUCAGAGCGAGCAAGCAUCGUAGCCGGUGCAGCCAAGCUCAUGCGCGCGCAAAUCGACUCGCUGGCCAGCCUAGCCACACUCGAAAUGGGAAAGUUGAUCGGCUCGUCAAAGGAUGAGAUCGAGCUGUCUGCCUCAAUUCUAGAAUACUACGCCGAGAAUGCAGCCGACUUCCUCAAGCCAACACCCAUCCCUGAACACCCAGGAGCGGUCAUGCACACACAGCCUACCGGCGUCAUCUUGGCUAUCGAGCCGUGGAAUUUCCCCUACUAUCAGCUUGCGCGUGUGGCCGGGCCGCAGAUCAUGGCAGGGAAUGUAGUAAUUGUGAAAGAUGCGCGCAAUAUACCACAGUGCACCGAGGCCUUUGCCCGCCUCUUCAGAGAUGCGGGCGCACCUGAAGGGGUCUACACCAACCUUCUCUGUAGCUUCGAUGCUGUCAACACCUUUAUUGACGACUUCCGAGUUCGUGGCAUCACAUUGACGGGGAGCGAGGAAUCUGGCGCAGAGGUCGCUGAGCGGGCAGGUCGGAACCUGAAGAAGGUUGUUCUUGAACUUGGUGGCAGCGACCCAUUCAUCGUGCUCGAAGAUGCGGAUCUAGAAAAGGCUGUGGCCGACGGCGUUUCAGGUCGAUUAUCGGUCAUGGGACAAGAGUGUACAGCAUCCAAGCGCUUUAUCAUUGUUGGCAAGGAACGUGGCCAUCUCUUCCAGCAAGGUAUGGAGAAGGCUUUCAGUGCGCUCAAGCUCGGCGACCCAGCUGACAGUGCAACGUCUCUGGGUCCGCUGUCCUCGGAAAAAGCCGUGACGGGUCUCCUUAAACAGAUUGAGACUGCGAAGGAACAUGGCGCGAAAGUCGUUGCUGGGGGGAAGCGCAUUGAUCGUCCUGGCUUCUACAUGGAGCCUACAAUCGUCACUAACAUAACGCCAUCAAACCCUCUGUUCCAUGAAGAGACAUUUGGCCCUGUAGUCUCUCUGUAUAUCGUCUCCACCGAAGAAGAGGCCAUCAAAAUUGCCAACGCGACAAAGUUUGGGCUAGGCGCCUCCGUUUACUGCAGAAACGAAACACAUGCACAGGAAGUGGCCCUGAAGAUUGAUAGCGGAAUGGUAUAUAUUAACUCACCAGCGCAUGAAAACUUUGCCCCCGAGUUGCCAUUUGGAGGGGUCAAGAACUCGGGAUUUGGGCGUGAGCUAGGAGAGCUAGGGUUUGGCGAGUUUGUAAAUCGGAAAUUAGUUACAAGUUCACAAUGA